AUGUCGCAGCAAUUACUGCCCCAAGCAUACUUGACUAACUUCCACAAUCGAGUCAGAAACGAGAAUGUGCCUUGUUUCAUCACCGGUCAGCCUUCUCGAGGUCACAAACGUGGCAAAGUAGUCAACUACGCAGAGAUCGAAACGGACCUGCUGGAAGAAUUCGCAGAAGAUGAGACCAAGGACGUUAACGGCAAGGAAGAAGAGAAUGGGAAACCAGUCGCUUCAGCAGAAGAUCUAGCUAACGAAAAUGCGCUGCCGGACCUCGAUUCCCAGGAUGACAACACUAAUAUUCUCAAGUACCCGCGGAUUCGAGAAACUUUUUUGCAGAGCCGAAUAGCCACGCCGUACAAAUUUACGCCUUCUGCUCAGACCAAUUCUCACUUGGCUCCAAUCAUAAUUCCCAUUCGACUCAACUUGGAACACAAUGGGCACAAGAUUAUCGAUUUCUUUACAUGGAACCUCAAUGACCAAUCUAUCACACCCGACCAGUAUGCCGCCAUGUAUUGCCAAGACUUAGACUUUCCCGUCACGGCCGCAGUUUGUAGCCAGAUGAGUGCAGCCAUUACUGAACAAUUACAGGAAUACUCGACGCUAGCGUCCGUUGCGGUACCUGAUCUACAUGUCAUUAUCAAUCUUACCUGCAAUCUGGAUGAUAAAAUGUAUGAAGACAACUUUGAAUGGGAUCUCAACGAUCACGUACUGACGCCGGAACAGUUUGCUAACACAGUUGUCCAGGAUUUAGGACUGACACGGGAAUUUGCACCUGCCAUAUCGCAUGCACUUCAUGAGGCUCUGCUACGUGUCAAAAAAGAUUGGCUAGAGGGACAUUUGAGUCCAGAUCAAGUGGACAAUGGCGCGGCUUUCGGUUAUCUGUCGGGUAUAAGAUUAAGCGUCGAUACCCUGGGAGCAGAUUGGUGUCCUAAAGUAGAGGUCUUAUCUCAGUGGGAAAUCGAAAAGCGGGAAAUCGAAAAGGAGAGAAAUCUAAGAAGACUCAAGAGAGAAAGCGCAAAAGUAGAGGACAGGAUAUCGCGGCGUAGUCGUAAGAGACGCGUUGAUGAUUUAGAAACGACAAUGAGGAUAUGA